AUGCCAGUCUACGAUGACAACCUCUCUCAAUAUAGUGUUGAAGAGUACCAUGAAGAGACUCCUCGCCCAGCACAACGUCCUCGCCGACCAAGUCCUCAUCGAAACUCCAUUUCUUAUGAUGUGAGCGACCUACCAAGAGAAGCAGAGAGGUUCAAAGUUGAGACAGCCAGCAAGAACAAGCGCCGUCAAAGUUACUAUGGACAAUCAACAUCUGCUUCAUCCACUCAAGCAUCUACUUCAGGAUCAAGUGGCUAUAACGCAAAACUUUCUGCGGCAGCUAAUUAUCUUGAGGAAGUUAGUGGUCCAUCUAUCCCACUGACUGCCGAGGCUUUGAGAAAGGAACAACGAAGACAGGCUGCAGGUAGCAGCAGAAGCACAAAGAGCAGUGAGAGUCGUGAUCUAAGUGAUUACCGAGGCACACAAACCACUCGUACUACUCGAAGCGGUGGUGAUGAUGAUGUUACUAUUGAGGUAACUGGUCAAGCUACGGUCACAGUUGGUGGAGCGGAGAUUCAUUGCGAAGACGGAGGAAAAAUCCAAAUCCACCGUUCCGAAAAGAUUCGCGAUGGAAGUCAAGCAACUACGUCGGAAUAUGGACAAGGACAAGGAUACGGACACGGACAUGGACCUAAAUUAAUUGAUGAUCGUGAUCGCCGAAGCCGACUUGACCGAAGUGAUAGUCAAACAACUCGACCUCGCAUGAGAUCACAACAUUCUUACAACCGAGUCUCACCUAGACCUCACGAUAGGGAGCGAAUACCUCGUGAACGUCGUGAGUCACCUAGAUCUAGCGAUAGGGAUCGAGCACCACGUGAACGUCGUGAGGAUUAUGAAGCUCGCGCUGCCAAUUGGGAGACAACAACUACCUCAACCCGGAUUUAA